UUUAAGGUUAAUAUUUUUCUCAAGGUUAGAUCUAAUUCUGGCAAAGAUGACAUAGUUAAAACUUUGGAAUUCAAUUGCUAGAUACUUGAAAGGAGAAUACCAUCUGAACAGAUGAAUCAUACAAGUUGAGACCACAGCUCCUGUUUAACCAGAUGUAGAGUAUGUGUUUAUGUGACAGUAAUGGUUAAAACAGGGAUAUUUGGACCUCAAUACAAUGAAAUAUUUACUCUACUUUUUUUGGAAUGUGAAAACCCUAUUUAAAGUGUACAAUCAAAUUUAAGAAACUAUUUAUUGAGAAAAUAAAAGAAGACAAAGACAAAUCUAUAGAAAAAAUGCUUUCCACUUUGUAGGCUGACCCUCUUUUGGAAGAGUGAGAAAUAUUAUUUUGCAGAAGCCUCCUAUAGUAAAGGAAGGACUGGAACGACAUAUCAUUAAGUCACUGAAAUACAAUUCCCCUUCAGUUGUACAGGAAGAAAGAGCCAGCUCACUCUGAAUUAUACAACUGCAGCUAUUGCUUCUCUCUCAUCUUGCACUGCUGAUCCUGAACUGUCACUUCAGAAGCUAUGAAAAAGGGACACAGUUUGGAUGAUCUUGGUGUUUCUGAUGUGGAAAUAUCCAAGCUAAAAAAGGUGAAUUUCAAAAGAUGUCAAAUUUUGGCAGCGAGCAUUUGCAUGCUAAUUAUUAUUUCUUUGGUCCUGCUGUUAUUUGCUGUAAAGAAUAUUUGGCACCAUGUUCCUAAAAAGGUCUACGAUGUUGAAUACAAAUUCUUUGGUAAUGGGGAAAAGACAACUCUACUGAUGGAAAUUGAUCCAGUUAAACAAACUGAAACUUUUCGAACAGAAAAUGGCACAGAUGAAGCUAUUGAAAUCCAUGACUUCAAACAUGGCAUUACAGGAAUCUUCUUUGCUGGUCUGCAAAAGUGCUUCAUCAAGACACAGAUUAAAGACAUCCCAGAAAUUGCUGAAACAGAGUUUGUAGAGCUUGAGGGAAGUGAGAUCACCACAACUAUUUAUGAGCAGUCUAUGCUUUGGAUCCCUGGAGAGAACCCCAUAGAAGAUAAAGAAUUUAUGAAGAAUUCCAAAAUAUUUGAUGUAUGCAAGAAUGUGUCUGUGCACUGGAUCUAUCCAACCUCCUUAACAGAUCCUGAAUUUAAAGACUUUGAAGACUCAGAAGAUGGUGACUUGGUUUUAGAAAAAAAGGCAGCAUUAUCCAAAGAAGCGAAACACAAGAAACCAGAGGCGGAUCUUACAGGCAAUAAGCGUCAGACUCGAGACCUGACUGAGGAGGAUUUCCCUGUUAAUGACUACAGAGAAGUUGGACUGGAAUUUCACUCUAUGUGGGAUCAUAGAGGAUUCUGCUGCAAUCACUGCCGUCGUGGUCAAAGAUAUUGCCAACGUGUGUGUGAGCCGCUACUUGGCUUUUACCCUUAUCCUUACUGCUAUGGAUCAGGGCGUGUGAUCUGUAGAAUUAUCAUGCCAUGCAACUGGUGGGUUGCCAGAAUGUUGGGUCGAGUAUAGAGAAUUUAAAGCAGCUGAUUUUUUAAUGAAAACUAACAUUUUGUACAAUAUUGGAAUCAAUUUGUAAAAUGGGAUCAUUUUUCAUAAUAUCUUUACACUUUAACCCAUUUUCUUAUAUUAUAUAGAAAAUAUAUUACCAUUCAUUCCUAUGUAAAAUCAGCAAAAAAUCCUCUAUUUUUCAUUACUGAUUAAUAUAAUUUACUACAUACAGUGAAUCUUCACUGUGUCAUGGUGCUUUUUUUAAGAAUUUUUCAAAUGGCAGGAAACUUUGACAUACUGAAGUCAGAAUAUCAAGUAAACUACUGUUGGGUCUGGACCUCAGUGUGAGUGUCUUUUCCAAAGAGACAGCCAUUUCCCGUACAAAGAAGGAAAUGUAUUCAAGCACAGAAUACAAAAGCAUUCAAUAGCUUGGGAGAAUUCUCUACAAACUGACUGUUACAUAUAUUUUUAUAAUAUUACAUCAGCCUAGAAAAUAUUAGUCAUACAUGAUUGGUUACAUUCAGCAUAAAGGCGUGAUUAUUUUUUUUUCAAAAUGAUUUUAGUUCUUAUUCUAAGUAACCUCGAAGCCCAAGACUGUACCAUAACAUAACAUAUUAUUUAUAGAACCAGCUUCCACCUUAUCUAAUAGCUAGCCUUGAGACUUGUUAUGUUCCUGUGCAAUCAUUAUUCUUUCUACAUACAUAAUCAAAAUAUCCAAGCUAAAAGUAAAAUGAAGGAAAGAAUAUUUUAAGCUUGACCUGACUUCUUAGGCCUACUACUACUUCCUAACAUGCAAUUUCAUAAUAACCAGCUAGCUAAGCCUUGGCUAUUAGGUCCUGCUUGUAUACUGUUACAUUUUCUGAAAGCUGCAUCUUAUAAAUGAUUACAGUUACAUGAUAUAUGUUUGUGCUUGCUUAAUUAGAGAUAGAAAAUAGCAUAGGGAUGAACCAGUAUUCAAAGGUUAUAUAGGUCUGAAAGAAUCAUAGUAGGCCAUGGGCUAAUCAAGAUCCGACACUACAAAUUGAUUGCUCCUUAUCAGUAAUUUACAGCCAUGCCUUUCAACUUAGAAUCCAGUUAAAAAGGAGCUUUACCACACUGCGUUAGCUUAUACAUAGGGCAUAACUAAAUGUUACUGGGUCCCGCAGCAAAUUAUUUUUCAGGCCCCCAAAAUAUCUAGAGGUUGACCUGUU